AUGUCUUCCAAUACUAAUACAGAUAUUUGGCUUGCCGGUGCAUUUGCUGCUUUCACGGUCGAUCUGCUCGUUUACCCUCUAGACACACUAAAGACACGAUUGCAGUCUCAGGACUAUGCGAAAUUGUACAAAAACGCUGACGGCUCGACCAAACGCUCUUUGUUCCGCGGGCUGUACCAGGGUGUUGGCUCUGUCAUCCUUAUCACCAUUCCCUCUUCCGGCGCAUUCUUUACCACAUACGAAGCCUUGAAAUAUACUCUCAAUGAAGCGGUUCCUCCAAACUCCUCGCUCUACUUACCGCAACCUGCUAUACACGCAGCCGCAAGUGGUGGAGCGGAAUUGGUUAGCUGCGCGAUCCUGACUCCUGCCGAGGUGUUGAAGCAAAAUGCGCAGAUGCUCAAUUCGAGUGGACGGGGAUCUACUUCGCUGCAAGUAUUGAAAACUUUCAGAAAGCAGCCUUCCAGGCUGUGGAGGGGUUACACAGCCCUCGCGGCACGAAAUCUCCCCUUUACCGCUCUGCAAUUCCCAGUAUUUGAGUCUUUGAAGAACUAUUUCAUGGCACGCCGGAAAGCUAAGAAAGGCGGCGAGCCCGUGGACGGGAUACUCGAACGCGCAACUAUUACUGCUUACAGUGCUGGUAUCGCUGGUAGCGGAGCUGCAUGGAUCACUACUCCCAUCGACGUGGUGAAGACAAGAAUCAUGCUAGCAGCUGGUUCUGGAGAGGAGCCGUCAACGAAACCAGAUCCGAAGUCGAAACCGACCAGUCUCCUGAUGCAUGGCAUCCAAGGAUCGGGGAGGAAAAGUGGCUUCACGGUAGCUCGAGAGGUUCUGAAAGCUGAAGGUGUACGAGGACUCUUUCGGGGAGCUCUUCUGCGAGGAUGCUGGACUGCACUUGGGAGUGGCCUGUAUCUUGGAUGCUAUGAAGGCGGUCGAUUCUACCUGGAAAGUACGAGAACAGGCGCCAAUGAAGGGGAUCACCUCAUGCAGCGAGACUUGUCAAAUGUGAAAGUCGGCGUCGGCGGCAGCAGAUCUCAAGACAAGGUGAAAAAGAGCGCAUGGCAAGAUGAUUGA